AUGACUGCGCUCACGGUAAUUCUCGUGGCUCUGCAACUAGCCGGCCUCGCUUGCGGCAGACCGAAUCUUGCGUUUCCGCUCAACGCCCAGCUGCCUCUUGCAGCCCGAUUAGACACAUUCUUCACCUACUCCUUCUCGCCCCAGACUUUCAUCUCAUCCUCCAACAUUACAUACUCAUUUGGCCAAAAUCACCCUACAUGGCUGUCCAUUGAGAGUGCGAACCGGAGACUUUACGGAACGCCCAGAGGUAUUGACAUCCCCGACGACGACGUUAUUGGCCAAAAGGUCGACAUUGUGGCCACCGACGAUAGCGGCUCAACGACAAUGAACUCGACGCUAGUCAUUGCCAGAAAGCCCGCGCCUGUGGUCCAAAUACCUCUCGAAGACCAGAUCAAGAAAUUUGGAAACUUUUCAGCGCCCUCGUCCGUCCUGUCAUACCCGUCCACCCAGUUUCGGUACAGCUUCGACCAUGAUACAUUUGGCAAGAACAGUGGCCUCAACUACUACGCCGUCUCAUCCAACAACAGCCCCUUACCAGCCUGGGUCAAAUUUGAUGCUGAUUCAUUGACAUUUUUUGGCAAAACGCCGCCAUUCGAGUCUCUGGUACAACCACCUCAGACUUUUGGCUUCAGCCUUGUCGCGUCCGACAUUGUUGGUUUCGCUGCCACCGCGCUGACCUUUAACAUUGUCGUUGGUAGCCACAAGCUCACUACCGAGAACCCCAUUGUCACGAUUAAUGCGACGAGAGGUAUUGCGGUUGACUUUGAAGGCCUGAAAGAUGCCAUUGCCCUCGAUGGCAAACCGGUAAAAUCGAGCGAGCUCGACGUCACAACACAAAAUAUGCCCCAAUGGCUCAACUACGACAAGGAUACUGGCAAGCUGAGCGGUACUCCUCGCGAUGGCGACCAUGCUAGCAACUUUACCAUCACUUAUAGCAGCAUGCUUUCUGCCACCUUGGACGUGCUUGUUGUCGUCAACGUCGCGACUGGUCUCUUCAAGUCUACCUUUGAGGACAUGGAUGCCCGCCCCGGCGGGAAAUUUGAUGUCGACCUAAGCCAAUAUUUCAGAAACUCAUCCGACAUCAAUCUGAACGUGACAAUCAGUCCAGCCGAAAAAUGGCUCAAAGUCGAUGGCUUCAAGCUAUCUGGAAACGUGCCAAAAGACUCAAAGGGCAACUUUGAUGUCACUGUGCAGGCCAGUUCAAAAUCCUCCAGCCUGUCUGAAAGCGAGAAACUUCAUGUCAACUUCUUGGCGCCAGACGGUACUCCAACCAGCACCUCAGUGACAACGAGCAGUCCCAGCUCGACGUCGACGCCCAAGGCUAGCGAAUCGCCUUCCCCGGCGACGGGAGGUCGACUCAGCACCGGCGAUAUACUGCUCGCCACCAUCAUUCCGAUUCUGUUCAUUGCUCUCAUGCUCAUGCUCUUUGUCUGUUUUCUGCGACGCCGUCGGGCUAGCCGCAGUUACCUGUCGAGUAAAACUCGACCAAAUAUCCUCAGCCCGAUCGGCAGUCGCGGUUCCAAUUCCUCAACGCGUCGCGUCGAGAAGAUGACCGCUGUGCCAAACAAUGAAAAGCACAUGCUGAAACCUACAGCGGCUGCUUAUGUCGAGGCGGUUCCUCGCGUCCCGGCAGCGAGACGGUCAUCAGAGACGCUCGGUGGGAGCGAAGAGUACGGUGCAAUGCCGGCACGAUCGCCUACUACCAAGGGACAGCAAGGUGUGAUACGAAGCAUCAGCCCUCCCGUCAGCAAUGAUGAGAGGCGCUCCUGGGAAACUGUCGAAGGAGACAUCCCAUACAUGAGCGGCGCCAAGUCUACACACAACGACAAUGAGCUUUUUACUAUUCCAGGUACUCCCGAAUCUACACAUCAAGUGUUCCCAGUCGACAGCUACCUUCAUAAAUCGGGCACAGGCGGAUACAAAAAGGACAUGGAUGGCAUAACCGGACUCAAGGAUCGCGCAUCGAUGAAGACCCCAGCAGUCGCUGACGCGCCUAUAUUCUCACGCAGAGACCACAAAAGCGGCGAUACAUACUCAACCAAGACUACCAGCUCUGUCGCUCUCUCAAUCAAUGAGCGAGGCCGUAAUCACAGGCCAUCAGCACCGACAAUUGCGGAAAACGACGGAUCAGACCCCAACUGGGAAUCAAUCAGCAUGUCUGACACAAGUAAUGUGGAUGUACGCCCGCCAGAACCAGCAUACAUCACCACCGGCAACACUGCCGAUAGCGUGCUCUGGGCCGACGUUACAUCCAACGGCACCCGGAGUCUCUUGACGUCACCCUCCUUUGGGUCCGCGGAGAAUUGGCGCGUCAUCGGCAAGCGGGAACCAACCCACAUGAGCAUUCGAGAAGUCGUCGAUCAGUCCGAGUUCAGCCCGCUGUCGGAGAGUCGCGACGGCGCCAUGCCCGGUGAGCGCUCAAGUCCCACGCCAACGCCCAAGAGCAAAUGGGGCGACGUCGGGGCCGAGAAGAAGGCGACCAUUACCGAGAGCCCAACCUUCAUGUCUACGGCCGCGAGUGCGUGGCGAAAGGAUAAUUCGGGCAAGCUGUCGGAGAGCAGCAGCUUCAAAGUGUUUAUAUAA